ACAUCUGAGAAACACUAUAUAUACAUAUUCACAGUGACCUACAAUGCAACAAAUCAUAUACAAUUUCCUAACACACAGCGAAAACAGAAGAAAAAACAAAGCAAUUCAUCAGAAAAUGGCAAGCUUCACCCUAGUUACAUCCCUCCCAAAGUUUGGCCAUGCUGGAGCAAUCAUUGCUACUACUCGUGCCUGGAACCCUAGAUUACUCGCAGCUGCUACACCUAGAUCCAUCCAAGUGCCAACUUCUCCUGAAGGCUCAGCAGCCAUUGAAGGCACCAAGCAAGGAGUCAGUGAAACAGUUAACAACAGUUUGAAUGAAUCAACGCAAGACAAGGCUUUCACCACAGCACAAGUGAAUCACAAGGCAGACGAACUGGCUAAUCAGAUGUCGGCAAGUGCUCACAGCAUGGCAGAGAAAGCAAAGCAGACAGUGCAAGGUGCAUGGGAUUCCACUAAGGACACAGCCAAUAGGGCUAAAGACACCGUGAUCGGAAAGUCUCAAGAGUCAGCUCAAUACGUCAAAGAAAAUGCAGAGAAAGUGAAGAACAACAUGAACUCAAAGAACUGAUCACAGCACCACUUCAUUAUAUUACCAGAUUUUCCAUCACUAUUCUAUUACUUGUUUCCCACUACAAUUAGACACAUUUUUGUAAUUUCGUUUUGUUGUUCAUGGCAUCAAUAUGGAGAAGAUUGAUGUGUCUCUUCCCACGUGCCAUUCAUUUGAAAUCAAUAAAUACUUAA